AUUGAAACCAUGAUGAUCAUCAGCGACCACUUAGUUGGAUAUGCAUACAUAGUUAUAGACCACUAGAAAAUGUAUGAAGAUAAGGUAAUGCAACUAGUUAAAGCUAUACAUAUAUAGCUAGCUAAUAAGUCAAUAAUAAACAUAUAAUCUAAGAAUUAAUGAAGAAGAAGAAAGUAGUUGAAAUGGGGAGAAGUGAAGAAAGUGGGUCAAAUAAUAAUGGUGAGGUGCACUUUGUGCUAGUCCAUGGGGCUGGGCAUGGAAGUUGGUGUUGGUACAAAAUACGUGUUCUUCUACAAAGUUGUGGAUACAAGGUCACCUGCAUCGACCUCAAAUGCUCUGGCAUCGAUCCCACUGAUUACAAUACCAUAUUCACUUUCCAAGAUUACAAUGAGCCUCUUACCACUUUCAUAUCCAACCUUCCACCCAAUGAAAAGAUAAUUCUGGUGGGUCACAGCAUAGGGGGUCGUAACGUAACGGAAGCCUUACAUCAGUUUCCAAACAAAAUCAAUAUGGUCAUUUAUGUUGCAGCAAUGAUGGUCAACCUUCCCUUCAAUUUUAGGAUAAAUGCCUCUCAACAUAACAUGGAUGUGGGAGACAAGUGCAUUGGUGAUAAGGGAGCAAUGGAAGAUAUCUUAUUCCCAACAAUUACUAAGGAGACUCAACUACUUCAGCGCAAGCGCAAAUCUAUGUCCGAUCUCAACCCAACUCAGUUGGUGCGUGCCCUUCCGGGAGUAAAUUCCUCGUACGAGUUUAUAAUGGGAACGAAAGGUCUUCCCGUUCCAACCGGCAUCAUGGUUAAGCCUGAACUUCAAAACCAAGUUUUGUACAAUUUGAGCCCUAUUGAGGACUCGACAAUGGCGUCGAUGCUGUUGAGACCUAGCCCUGUUUGGAGUCUCCUAGAUCUUAACUUUGGGAAAGGUGGUGAAGGAGCGGAGAGCGUGGCGAGAGUGUACAUAAAGACACUCAAGGACGAACUGUGCAGCACAUUGAUGCAAGAACUUAUGAUAUCGAUGUGGCCACCCACCCAAGUCUUCACUAUUGAAAGCGAUCACUCCCCUUUUUUUUCCAAGCCUGAUCAGCUCUUUAGCCUUUUUGUUCAAGCACUCUCCUCCAUAACUACGUCUUAAUUCAUUUUGAGCUCCCCCACACACAUAUAUAAUUUGUAAUUUGUAUGGUGUUUGUUAUAUAUACUUGAUGCAUGUGAGUGCUACUUUCUAA